AUGAUGGAAGAGGCGACGGGAGCGGGCGGGUACCGAUGGGAGGAUGAGGAGCAGCCGGCCCCGAGCCGGCUCUGCGCCCAGCGAGGAGGCAGCGAGGAGCGGGCACGUCCCCGUGACGAUCCCUAUGCCGAGGCGUCCCUCGUUUUGGGGGCGCCGCCGGCUUUUCCUCCGUUUUCCGAGGAUCGGAGGGGAAGCAGGAGGUUGGUAAUGAGAAGGAAGGUGCUGAGGCGCAGACCCGACGGAGGAGUGGAGGUUUCCGACGAGUCGGUGAGCAGCGAGACGGAGAGCGACGCCGAGGUUUGGAGCCUGAGGCAGAAAAUGCUUCAGCUAAGGACCGAUCCCAACGACGGCAUCUCCGAAGGGGAAAUCGAGACGAGCGGCAGCUCCCUCGAGGAAUCCCCUUACCAGUGGAUCCUCGGGGAUUUCGGGAGCCGGAGCUCUCCCGUUUCUCACUACACCGCUGCGGCGGGACAACCCAAAUCCUUCAUUCCUCCGCGGUUCGAGCCGCUGGGCCGUAACCGGGGUAAAACCGACCGAGUGGCCAAAUAUUUUGAAUAUAAACGAGAAUGGGAAAAAUUCCGAAUCCCGGGAGAGGAUCAGCGGCAAGAACUGCGCUGGAGCAUCCGGGAACAGAUGCUCUGCAAGCCCGAGAUCCCCAGCAAGCCCCAGCACCUCUACGUCCCCAACCCUUACGCCGUGCCGACCGAAAAAAAGAGAGCUGCCCUGCGCUGGGAAGUGCGCUGGGAUCUGGCCAAGGGCCUCAUCCCCAGAAAAAACACCUCCUAA